CCCACCCAGCUUGGGACUGCGUCAUAAGUAUACCCAGACCUGGGCUUGCAGUAGUGUAAAAGCAGACGAGGAGAAAGAAGGUGCAGCUAGGGCUAGCGCGAUCUUCUCCUCUUCCAACCUGCAGCCCAGGACACUGAUUCGAGCAGCGCCUUACCGCGCAGCCCGAAGAUUCACCAUGGUGAAAAUCGCCUUCAACACACCCACAGCGGUGCAAAAAGAGGAGGCGCAGCAAGACGUGGAGGCCCUAGUAAGCCGUACGGUCCGAGCUCAGAUCCUGACCGGCAAGGAACUCCGAGUUGCCGCCAAGGAAAAAGAGGGCUCCUCUGGGAGAUGUAUGCUUACUCUCUUAGGCCUUUCAUUCAUCUUGGCAGGACUUAUUGUUGGUGGAGCCUGCAUUUACAAGUACUUCAUGCCCAAGAGUACCAUCUACCGUGGAGAGAUGUGCUUCUUUGAUUCUGAGGACCCUGCAAAUUCCCUCCAAGGAGGAGAGCCCUACUUCCUGCCUGUGACGGAAGAGGCUGACAUUCGUGAGGAUGACAACAUCGCAAUUAUUGAUGUGCCUGUCCCCAGUUUCUCUGAUAGUGACCCUGCAGCAAUUAUUCACGACUUUGAAAAGGGCAUGACUGCUUACCUGGAUUUGCUGCUGGGGAACUGCUAUCUGAUGCCCCUCAAUACCUCCAUUGUUAUGCCUCCAAAGAACCUAGUGGAGCUCUUUGGCAAACUGGCAAGUGGCAAAUACCUGCCUCACACUUACGUGGUUCGUGAAGACCUGGUUGCUGUGGAGGAGAUUCGUGAUGUUAGUAACCUUGGUAUAUUUAUUUAUCAACUUUGCAACAACCGCAAGUCCUUCCGCCUUCGCAGAAGAGACCUCUUGCUGGGUUUCAACAAACGUGCCAUUGAUAAGUGCUGGAAGAUUAGACACUUCCCCAACGAAUUUAUUGUUGAGACCAAGAUCUGUCAAGAGUAAGAGGCAACAGAAAAUGAGUACACUUAGUAACAGGAAGUCGGAGAUUUAUAAUAUGACUUCAACAUUAAAGU